CGGGUGGGAAAUGUAGAAACUCGGAACUAAAAUGGCUGCUAGUAAUUAUUAUGGAUAUGCUUAUGGAACCGUUGCACCGCAAUACAGCAUCCAGUUACCCCCUGCAUACUCCCACCAAACCACUGGUAGCUACAGUGUCCAGCCUGCACCUGCAGUAGCUUACACAGCCCCGUUCUCUCCAGCCACAGCACACAAUCCACAACCAGUGGUGUCUCAAACCUAUCAACCGUACCAGACACAGGCAGCUCUGAAUUACAGCUUUGGCCAGCAAGAAGCGGCACCUCAACAAAGCAGCACCUCUCAGACCUAUCAGAUCUUCAGUGAAGGGGGGAUCUGCAGCUAUGGACAGCCAUCACUGGUCAGCAGCUAUGAGAGUAAACCGUACUAUCAGACGAAUGACACAACUCCUCAGUGCAGUCCAUUGGAUGCCUUCUUUCAAACAGGUGUGAAAAGUGAUUACAGGCCUGUAAGUGCAGUGUACAGCCAGUCUGAGCCUCAAAGACAGGCCACAGUGCUCAAAACCCUGCCUCCUACUAGCUCUGUGUCCACCAGCUACAGUGUUUACCCUGUAUCCACAACCGUUCAGCAACCUCCCAGCUCCAUCUCCACCUUUACCCCCAGCUCCUCCUAUAACUCAACAGCCGCCACUUCAUACAAUUGUCACAGCUACUCCAGUUAUGACCCCAGCAGCUACAUCUCCACCCCCUCAUAUUAUCAAGCAUCCCAACAUCUUGUCCCUCAGUGCCAUAGCCAGCCCCAGGGUCCUUCCCAUCAUCCGCAAAGUUCUUCCCAUCAACCCCAGGGUUCUUCCCACCAGCACCCACUUCCCCCACAGCAAGCCCAGACACCUGCUACGCAGCUCACCAGUUUGUCCUGGAAUAGCUCAAGGAACAGUUCAAGGGUCACUGGUUCUACUGUCAGUACUUACAGAAAACCCACAUUUCGUCAGAAUAAAGUCCAAAAGCCUAAAGGCCCUCCCAAACAGCCUCAGCUUCAUUACUGCGAUAUCUGCAAAAUAAGCUGUGCUGGCCCACAGACCUACCAUGAGCACCUGGAAGGUCAGAAGCACAAAAAGAAGGAGGUGUUGCAGAAGAGUAGCAGUCAGGUCACCAAUGGGCCGCACAGUGUUCAGAUUCAGCUGCGCUGUGAGCUCUGUGAUGUUUCUUGCACUGGUGUGGACGCCUACAAAGCACACAUCCGGGGGGCCAAGCACCUGAAGGUGGUGAAGCUGCACACAAAACUUGGCAAACCUAUACCCUCCACUGAGCCCGUUUUUGUGAACUCUGCCUCUGUUCCCAUGACAACAAUCGCUGCAAAACCUGCCACAGCUCCUGUUUCCUCUGCAAUGCCACAGAAACCCCCAUUCUUAAAGCCUCCCAAAACGGAGACACCGAAGACACGUGUUCUUUCCAAAACCAUAGCUGUUGCCAAAGCAGCUGCUCCAGAUCUGGUGAGGGUCGACGAGAUGAAGCAGGCAGUGCUGAAAUCUGACCUUCAGAAUGAAGAUGAAGGAAGUGGAGGUGGUGCUCAGGGAAAUGUCCAACCUGUUGGCCAUGAUUAUGUAGAGGAGAUUUGCAGUGAUGAAGGAAAGCUGGUUCGCUUCCACUGUAAGCUGUGUGAGUGCAGCUUCAAUGAUCCCAAUGCCAAAGACAUGCACUUAAAGGGCAGAAGACACCGGCUUCAGUAUAAGAAAAAGGUGAAUCCAGACUUGCUGGUGGAGAUCAAGCCAAGCAACCGCGCACGGAAGCUCCUGGAAGAUAAACUGAGGAAGCAGAAUCAGAAAGCCGUGCUGAAGAGACAGCUUGAGAACGAGCAGCGCUGGCACAUUGAAAUGAGGAGAUAUGAGGAGGACAUGUGCUGGAGGAGAGUCGAGGAGGAGCACCUGUACUGGGAGGAACAGUGGCGCCGACUAGCACCCCCACUGUUCACAAACCACUCUGGGAUGCCUGUGCCCCCUCUCCUGCCUGUUCGCAGGCCUGAUUCCCCAGAAGACCACCACAUCAUGGCCAAGCAUGCCAGCAUCUACCCAGCAGAUCAGGAGCUGGAAGCCGUACAGCGCAUCGUAUCGCACUCUGAGAGAGGUCUCAAACUGGUGUCCGACUUGCUGGUGGAACAGGAUGGCAAAGAAGCAGUGGAUAACAAGGCUGAAUUGCUGAAGGGGGUGAUGAGGGUGGGGAUCCUGGCCAAAGGCCUGCUGCUGCAUGGAGACAGGAACAUUCAGCUCAUCCUCCUCACUGCUAAGAGACCCACCAUAACCCUGUUGAACAGUAUCGCUCAACUUCUUCCAAAACAACUGAAGACCUUUUCUGAAGAUCAGUAUGUGGUGCAGGCUCAGCCUGAGGAAGCCAACAUCAUCAUUAGUUCCAGCAAGGAACCAAAAAUGCAGGUGACCGUCUGUCUCACUUCACCAGUGAUGCGUGAGGAGCCUGAGCCUGCGCCUGGCACGGAGGGAAAGGCAGGUGACAAGCUGCCUGAGAAAGUGCCUGAAGACCCUGCAGAUGCUCUAAACAGGACAAAGUGCCUCGAGUAUUUGGCUGCACUUCGACAUACCAAAUGGUUUCAGUUUGUUUUGUAUGUAUGGGGUCUCAGUAUGUUUUGUCAGCAGUCUCGGGCAAACGGUCUCCAGUCCUGUGUGAUCAUCAUCCGUGUACUCCGAGACCUCUGUCAGCGCAUGCCAACCUGGAGCAAGAUGCCCGACUGGGCCAUGGAGUUGCUGAUUGAGAAAGCCCUCAGCAGUGCAUUGACUCCUCUGAGUCCAGGAAAAGCCUUGCGCAGAGUUCUGGAGUGUAUGGCUAGUGGAAUCCUACUGCAAGAUGGUCCAGGGUUGAUUGACCCAUGUGAAAAAGUUCAAACAGAUGCACUCAAGACCAUGACCAAGCAAGCCAGAGAGGAUGUAACUGCAAGUGCUCAGCAUGCCCUGCGGUUGCUGGCUUUUCGUCACAUCCACAAGCUCUUAGGGAUGGACUCACUACCGGUAUCUAAGGCCAGCACUUGCAACCGGAAGAGACAGAGAGACGAAGCAGAAGAGGUGGAGGGGGAGGGCAAGAGGAACAAAAAAGAUUUCUAAGAUGAUUGAAAAGUUCCACAAACAUCAUGCGUAAUUAAUAAUGUAGUAUUUCUUCCUAAGAAAGUAUUUCUUCCUAAGAAAGCAAUGGUGUUGACAUCAUCUUUUUACAACAAAGCACAGAAAUGGAGAAGUAAUGUUUCCUCUUUUCUUGUUUAAUCACAGUUGUACUGAAAAUAGAAUUUCAGAGCAGGUCGCUGUAUACCAUUUAUAGAGUAGUGAGAAAAUAUUACAUUUUAAAAACCACUGGCGACUGAUGAUCUGGUGAUGUUUACUCAGAUUGAGUUCAAUAAUUGCACAUUCUUUAAAAAAAAAAACAAAAAAAAAAACAAAACAACAAACCUUUAGUCCCUUAUUUAGUCCCAGUUGCUUUAUUUUUCAUUUUAUACAGUGGGUCUGGUCCAUUUGAUAAGGACGUAAAUUAAGACUGAUCUGAGAUUAAAAAUAUUUUUAGCUUCUAGACAAUAGUGUGAAUAAUUUGUAUGGGUACUGUACUACUGCAAAGAGAUUAGAGUUUAUUUAUUAUUUAAUCACAGGGAAACUAGUUUAUUUACACCAAGAGCUUAUUGAAAGUAAUAUACGUUUGUUUUCUCCAAAUGAGAAGUGUAUCAUUUAGUGAAUUAAACAGAUGAAACAUUAAGGUUGAGCUUAAAAACCUGCUCUGAUCGUUUAAUACCUGGUCAUUAAGUUUGAAAUCCAAGUCAUUUCUUUUCGUUGUACAUGAAUGUAGAGAAUCAUUUUCAUUCUGAAUAAAGGCGAGGCGAUCUUAACAAACAAGACUAAAAUUAAUGAUUUAUAUAAACAUUAAGAAAUUAAGGGAGCUUAGAGGGGCAGAAUAAAGUGCACUUUAAGUUUGUGAAACAAAGUGGGUGAAGAUGUUAGUAACUGUUUCAUACUGUGAUAAGAUAUGCAAUAUGUAGUCUCUAUUAUUAUUAUUAUUAUUAUUAUUAUUAUUAUUAUUAUUAUUAUUAUUAUUAUUAACAAUGAUCUUUUUUCUGAAUUUUUGUUCUGUAGAAAUGCAGAAUGUUAUAGUAGUCAGAUUUUGUUGAUGUUUUUGGUAAAGGGUGUGAACCAUUUGGAACAUCUUUGUAGUUCUGUUUAAAAUUAUACAUGUUAAACUCCUAUAUGCACAAUAUUGUCACUUUUGUUGAUUGAUUUGUUAGAUGCUGUUUAUGAUUUAUGAGAAAGAAAACAAACAGCUUACCAA